AUGUGGAGGGCGCUGCCGCGGCGCGCCAGCUUCGCCCGCGGGGCCUUCUGGCUUUGCCGCGAGUCCCAGCGCCAGAAGCCGCUUGUCCAGGACCCCUUCGCCUGCCUGCUGUCGGAUGCGUUGCUGUCUGACGCGGAAAGGCAGUUGGCCGAGACCGCUGAGACGCAGGAGGAGGCCGUGGCUGUGACGCACACUGCCUUUGUGGACCGCCUCUUGCUGGAUUCUGUCUCCAAGCGGGUGCGACAGGUGGUGUUGUGGCCCUCCGGCGUGGAUACACGCGCCUUCCGCUUGCAGCUCCCACCGCAGCUCCGGAUUUUCGAAGUAGAUGAGGCCAAAGUGCACGAGGCCAAAGCCACAGUCCUGGACGCCGCGGGGGCGCGCCCGCGGGCGCUGCUGCGGAGGCUCUGGCCGGAGCAGCUGGAGCAAGUCUUGGAUCGCAGGAAGCCUUGCCUCUUCAUCUUAGAUGGCAAGCCUCAAGACGCCACAACUGCCGACUUUCUCCAUGAGCUGGCUCCGGAUGGGAGCACUUUGGUUGCUCAGAUCCGGCCACCAGUUCCUGAAGGGGUGGAGGCCGCCAGCUCGGAGCUGGCGGAGCAGCUGCGCAGCUGGCGGAACCUGCAGAAAGUGCCGGACCUCGCGUUGAAGGGCCUCUUCCAGGACAGGGCACCAGCGCCGGGCAAGGGGGUGCUGCUGGUGGCGGAGAAGGGCAUGCCGGAGGCGCCGCAGAGGCCAAGCGUCGCCAAUGCCACACGCAAGGAUGGAGCGCCGAUGUCAUCCUAUGGCUGGCGAGGAGAUUGA